UUCUCUCAACACUUUGGCGCCAAACACUCCCACUCCCAGAGAUACACACCAACACGCAUUAGAAACACCUAAAUAUCUCCUCAUGGAUUUGGAUGCUCCACUUGAUUUCGAAACUGAAGACCCGCUUCGUUCUUCCACUCUUGUUAACAAUAAAAGGAAAAAGAUUAUUGGCUUAGAUGAUCUUUUAACUGAUCACUACAAGCAGAAACGUAAACUGAUUGAGAAGGCAAAAAAGCGGGCAAAAGCCAAAAAAAACUAUAAUUCUGAUGAGGAUGAGAAUAGCAAGGAAGCUCUGCUAUCUAACAUUGUUAACAGUUGCCAAAAUCAGAUGGAAGAUAUAAGUGGUGAGGAAGAGAUUGCUGAGUGGGGCUUACAGGUUUUUGGGGAUCAGAAAACACCACCAUGUUUAGUUCCUAAGCUAGAAGGUUGCCAGCUUUUGCAGUCUUUCGCAAACAAUGAAGUCAACUCUUUCGUGGAACUCAGCAACGAAAAAGGAGACUCUUUCCUUGAAGGAUUGUUGGUUAACGGGUGGCUUUCAAAAUUGGUCUUUGCAACUGGUCAAGUAGAAAAAUCAAUAGCCACAUGGACUUUUAAUCUGAUUCUAUAUUCAUCAGAAGAAGAGUUAAGGACAUCUGCCUGCGACUUCUGGUGUACCAUUCUCUCAUAUAAAAAUGAGGGUGAUGCACAUGCACAGCCUGUUAUAAUUGAUUGGUUUCCCAGCUACUCUGAACUUCACAGAGCUCUUGUAACAUAUGGAUAUUCAUUUAAUUUUUUAUCCACUGUAGGAUUAGUUAAUAAAGAUUCUAGUUGUAGAGGGCCACCACAAAAUCUAAUAGCGUGGAUCAAAUUUACAGCUGCUUGUUGUCAAGUAAGGGGUAAAAAGUCAAUAUUUUCGACUGAAGAAGCUGAAAUGUUAGUUGAUGCUGUUAUUUGUCUAUUUUAGACCGCCAGCUUCUAGUUUUGUCAGUGCCAUCUGCAUCAAUGCCUGCAAUCGGCUAUCAGUUACUUCACAGAGCAAGAAUGGAAUACCAGCUGUGAGAAAAUAGCAAAAUCUCUCGCUCACAGGGUCCCUUUGGACUUAAACUGCUUGCGAACUGUGGACUGCAUAUCAGGAGUCAACAUCCGUAGUAAGCACCUCAGAAGUGCAAUUGCCUAUCAAAUUCUCGUUCACUGUUUCGAUAAUCAGGCUUUCAAUGAAGAGGAAAUUCUGAAUUUGCUUAUUACAAUCAAUGUGAAAGACAGAAAUUGUGAUCUUUUCAAGAUGUAUGUAUACUUGGUUUUGACAGAGAACUGGCUUUUGUCAUGUCCAAAGUUCGAAGAAAAGCCAGUGAUAAAUGAAAUGUGGGGUGUUUAUCUUCGGAAUUGUUCUUGUCAAAUCUCUAGCACAGAUUUAAGGCCUUACGCGUCAAAGGUUCGUAAUAAGGCAUCAUAUCUUCUACAAGGUCCCAUCAACAAUUAAUUUUUAGGAGUUUUAAGGAAAACAAUUGCUCUGAGGAAAGGUAUGACAGCAGCAUACAGAAGAUUAAAACUCUUUAGCAGUGAAUGAUCAAUAAUUGCUAAUACCGUGUUUUAGCUAAAAAGACGAGUUGCUAUCACCACAAGAUUUGUCCAAAAAGAGUAUCAAAUACUUUGAUGUAUAUAUAUAUAUUGUAGAAGCACCUUCUGACUCUGGCAUUUGGUGUUCGCAGGGUAGUUCUUGGGGAAGUGAUAUUAAGCAUAGGUGGUGGAAGUUUCAUUAUCAGAUAAUUCCCAGUCUUUUGAUAUGAAUCUGCUUGAUUCUUAGGCAUCAAUUUUGAAAGCAUCCACUGGAGUGAGAGUGCCAAUUUGAUGAGCUACUCAAUUUAACAAUAAUGUACAGGAUAAUUUGAGUACUAUUAUGAUAUCUAGCUUAUGUCUUUAUGUCUUUAUUGCUUUAUUGUGGUGUAGAUUCCAUGUCUCAAGUUCUGGUUUGCAUUCUGCAUUCAUUUGAAGUAGUAAUGUUUUUAGAAUUACAGGAUUGGUCCUGAAAGUUAGCUAAA